GGUUGGAUGCAACAAGGACAGAGGUUUUUGCAUGAGGUUGCACACUGAUAGAUUAGGGUAGAUUCCUCCCCCUACCCUCUGUGGAGCUCCACGACACUCAGCUGCUGUCAAAGUUUGCUUGGAGCAAAAAUUGAACCUGUCCCUUCUACCAGAGACAGAACAGCUCUACACUAGGGGCCCUAUAAGGUUAAGGACACAAACCUGCAUCACUGAAAUAAACAGGAGUUGUGAUAUGGUCUUGAGUGAAAACAGGGUCAUGGUCUAAAUGUAGCCAUCUGAGGGUUACCUAGCAGUGUCAGAGAGCCGUGAAAAAGUAACUACUUUUCAUUGAUACAGGUGGCCUCCAAAAUGUGACAUCUUAGAUGUGUCUGUCAGUGCCCUACUACCACGGCAACAUCAUUGAACUGGAGAAGGGACAUGAAGUUUCAAAGAAACAAUCUUGAUAGAGAGGAGGUGUCCUCAGACUGAAGACCCCUGUUCACCUUUCUUCUUCCAGCCAAGGGGCUUUGGAGUGGUGGGACCCCAAUGUCAACCCAGUACACUAUUCUGGGAGAGGUGAGACCCCAUCCCAGCACCAUGAACCUUUCUAAUGUCCCACCAGCCCUCAAUGGCUCCCAGGGAGGCCCCGGGCCUACCCUGUAUGGGGGCCAUUCUUUGUGGCAGGUAGUAUUGAUUGUGCUGAUGACUGGGAUCCUCUCACUGGUCACAGUGGUGGGCAACUUGCUUGUGAUGGUCUCCUUCAAAGUCAACAGCGAAUUGAAGACAGUCAACAACUACUUCCUACUCAGCCUGGCCUGUGCUGACCUCAUCAUUGGGGCAGUGUCUAUGAACCUUUACACCACCUACAUCAUCAUGGGCCACUGGGCCCUCGGCAACAUGGCCUGCGACCUCUGGCUGGCCCUUGACUAUGUAGCCAGCAAUGCUUCAGUCAUGAACCUCCUGAUCAUCAGCUUUGACCGCUACUUCUCCAUCACACGGCCCUUGACCUACCGGGCCAAGAGAACUCCCAAGAGGGCGGCCAUCAUGAUCGGCCUAGCUUGGGCCAUCUCCUUCAUCCUUUGGGCACCCGCCAUCUUGUUCUGGCAGUACUUUGUUGGGGAGCGGACAGUGCCCUCAGGAAACUGCCAUCUCCAGUUCCUCUCUCAGCCUAUCAUUACUUUUGGCACGGCCAUUGCAGCCUUUUACCUGCCAGUCACCAUCAUGAUUAUUCUCUACUGGAGGAUCUACCGGGAGACUGAGAACAGGGCCAGAGAACUGGCUUGCCUGCAAGGCUCAGAGAGCAAAAGCAUUGUCAGGCCAAUCCCCAACAAUGGGCCUAAAGGACGUGGUGUAGGCAGCAACAGCAGCUCUGAGCAGUUCCAACCCAUCAAGAUUUCUUCUGCUGUGGCAACAGCCCACACACAAGCCUUCUGCUUCCCCAGUUGGAAGAAGACCAGGCUAUAUGUGGAGCCAAGCAGCAAUAGGAACUGGAUCGAUACAGAGGAGGAGGAAGAGGAGGACGGCUCCCCUGAUUCUUUGACAUCGUCUGAGGGAGAGGAGCAGCCUUUUGAGGUUCAGAGUGUCUGCUCGGUAGUGAUCCGGCUGCCUAUGAUUGGCAGUGUAGCGCAGCCACCUCUGCCAACACAGAAGUCAACCGGGGACAGGGAGAAGGUGGCUGGAGGGCCAUGGGCAGGGGAGAAUGGCUUGCGCACAAUCCUAGCCCAGUCUCCUGCUGCCACUGAGUCCCCCAACAUGACCAAGAAGCCGUCAAACAAAAAGAUAUCACCAAUGAAGGAGAAGGGGGUGUUAACUGCCAAAAGCCAUCUGCGGAAGAGGAGCAAACAGCUCUCCCAACGGAAGACCCUUUCCCUGAUUAAAGAGAAGAAAGCAGCCCGAACACUGAGUGCCAUCCUGCUGGCCUUCAUCCUCACCUGGACACCCUAUAACAUCAUGGUGCUGGUGUCCACCUUCUGCCAGGACUGCGUUCCUAAGAGCCUCUGGAAGCUGGGCUACUGGCUUUGCUAUGUCAACAGCACUGUCAAUCCCAUGUGCUAUGCCCUGUGCAAUAAGUCUUUUCGCAAUACGUUUAAGAUGCUGCUGCUGUGCCGCUGGGACAAGAGGAGGUGGGGGAAGAUACCCAAGCACGUGGUGGCCUUCCACAGGGCUCCAGCACACUGAGCAGGUGUGGGGUGAAUUCCAGAAUGAUUAAAUCCCUGGGCUGGGACGAAGAAUGUCAGGCAAACUGCACUGCAGUGGAAGAAUGAGACCUGGCUGUGAUGCCAGAAGGGGAAUUCCUCCAAGACAGCCAUGAACCCAGGCUUUGGGGUCUGGGUGAGGACACAGCUGGCAGGUUCCGGAACACCAUGCCACCGUUUAUUAUUGUAAUCUUGAACUCAUUGUCAGAUAGUGACCUUUCUUAAAACCUUGAUGAAUGUGGAUGUAUCAAAAGGAAAACAAAUGGACAAAGCUGGCUUAUUUAGUGCUCAGUGGUUGAGAUAAACUAAUUUAAAACCUGGUUUAAAAUCUAAGCGACAGGGCCAUUGAAACCAGUGAUUCAUGGUUGUGACAGGACCUCAUGGGAUUUUCAGCUCUUUCCAGGCUUUAUGCUUUGACUAAGAGGACACUUGACCUUCCACCCAUUCAGCCAGAGACAAGUGCAGUCUAGCCAUCCUACUGCUUAGACCAGGAAAAUGGGAGUCAGGACUCCUGGCUCUUCAUGAGGAGCAUGUCUAGUGGUUAGAGACUGGGCUGGGAGGACAGAGGGUGUCUAGUGCUUAGAGCCAGGACCAGGGGAAGACUCUGGCAUUCCAGCUCCAGUUCUAGGAGGCCAGUGGUGUCUAGUGAUUAGGGCAGAGGAGAAUGGUAGACAGGACUCCCGAGUUCUUUUAUUUCCCAGCUCAGAGUCAGAGACUGGGAAUCAGAUCUAGGGGGCAGGGAGGUCUAAUCGGGUAGAGUAGGGUGGCACUGGGAGCCAGGACUCCUGGAUUCUAUUUCUAGCUCUCGGAGGGGAGUGGUGUCUAGUGAUUAAAGCAGGGGGUGUCUGGGCUCUGGAGUUCCGUUCUCAGAGCUUGUGAACUUGGGCAAUCGUGGGUGGUAAAGCUUCAUAGGUUGAGUUUUAGAAAACACUUUGUAAACUGGUGCCAGUGAGGUGCAGAGUAUCAUUGCACUGCACUAAGAAAGAUGAAAACUGAAGAUAACAUGGGGAAAGAUGACAUCUGGAGUGGGGAAAGACAGUAAGCGUAGCUGCACCCCCAUUCUUCCCAUCAGGGUCUUAAAGUGUUCCAUUCAACCACAUGGACACAGGAUACUAUUAAUAACCCACUCUGUCCCUGGCCUGCUCACAAGGAUUAGUGUAGAGAAAUUCUUCUCUAGUCCCUGUUGGAGUGGUAUAGAGGGGCAUGGAUGACCAUCUCUCUAAGGGGGUUAUAUAGGCCCAAUUACCAUAAUAUCUGGCCACCUCACAAUAUUUUAAAUAGGGUUGUCAAGUGAUUAAAAAUUAUUUGUGAUUAAUUGCACUGUUAAACAA